GCCAGGAAGACAGGGAAACUCUGUGGUAGUUACAUCACGGACGUAUAAAGUUACAUGUGUUGAUGAGGAAGUGAGUCAGUUGUCAUUCAGACAACUUUACGUUUUAAUUACUAUUUUAACUCAACUAAUGUGUCAGUGUCAGCUAAAUUGCUACAUCAGAUGGGUUCGACUUCGAUACUUUCAACAAAGAUAUUGAUUAGCGUGUGGUCAACCUUUACCAGGCAGGCACGAGCCACAGUUAGCUAGCUAAUGCGUUGCAGAUGACUGGUCUCCUGCAAAUUAAUCAUGGUGAUUCCUCGAGGUAAAGACUUUCUUGUGCGGAUUUCAUUCUAUUGGAAACCACUGUUACAAGGAAGGUUGCUCAUAUUAACAAACACUCUCAGUGGAGGUGUUAUGUUGUCUCUGGGAGAUAUCAUACAGCAAACCAGGGAGAAAAGGAAAGAUCCUCAGAAAAUUCGUGACUGGAGUCGCACAGGUGAGAAUAUCCAUUUGUGUACAGUUGCGGUCAAAUAUAUUGGCGCCCAUGCACCAUUAACUAUUUAUUCUAAAGAAAGUUGAAAUUGAAAACUUUUGGUGUUCACACUUAUUUGUUUAGAAAAUAAAUAAAAUAGCCAUUCAAACAGUUUUGUGGAAGAAAAAAAAACAACAGCAUUCUGCUCCAUUGCACUCUAUUAUAAAGUGCAAGUGGUGCCGAUAUAUUAGGCUGCAUCUGUGCCAUUAAAGCAUUGGGCUCUUGGCACAAUGUUUUUUAAAUGUUUUAUACUAGAGCUGACGUGAUACCCUAUCCUUGACAGAGAACAUGUACAAAUACAUUUGAGGUACUUCUGUCAAUAGUUUAUUUUCUAUUUUCCCUAGGGCACAUGUUUGGAGUGGGUUGCUCCAUGGGACCUGUCCUCCACUACUGGUAUUCGUGGCUGGAUAAAAUCUACAUUGGCAAAGCCUUGCACACUGUAGGCAAGAAAGUCCUAGUGGACCAGCUAGUUUGCUCACCAAUCCUUGGAGCUUGGUACUUUUUAGGUGAGAAUAACAUGCAAAAGCUCUUUUGGCUUCCAUUCAUACCAGGUGUAAUUUAUUUUUCGCAUUAACAUUCUUAUAUGCAAUAUUUGAUUGUCUUAGUGCAAUAACAAAUAGGCCUACACCCCCUUCAGCCUUCACUAGUCUUGUGUAUCUAUAGGAGUUUUCACUUUGGGAUUAGGAUUGGCUCGGAGGUGAAAUGUUCUGAAUGUGAAAUGCCUUGUGCGUGUUUAUCUUAAGUGUGUGUGGAGUCAAAGGUCAAUUGCAUCAAGCCACUAGUGAGGUAAGAAAAGGGUUUGUGUACCGUACGUCAAUACUAGAUGUUAGAGGGGGUCAAAGGUUGCCAAGAAUAUGACAAACAGCAUUAAGGUAACAAACAAUUUAAAUGGGUACCAAACCCUUACUAUGGUGAUUGGAUGUUAUCUGUAGCCUAUGUUUCCAUUUUUAUACUGACUACAUACUGUUUAAUUAUUUAGUAGAUAUCCCAGACUUUCAUACGGUCAAUGCACCCAUCCUUCACCUUUGUUUAUUGCAGGCAUGGGAGUAAUGGAGGGACACAGUCUAUCCAAAGGCGCUCUGGAAUUCAAAGACAAGUUCUGGGAGUUCUAUAAGGUAAGUACUACAGUCCUGUAUGAUAUAGAAUGUAUUCCUUGUUUAAUUAUACCACCUUAUGUUAUGUUGAUAUAUCUAUGAUGACACUAGAGAAUACAGAUGUUUGAUUUGACUGAGGUUAAGAUAUUUGGAACACUGGGGUCUAAUUGUUACCGUGUGUUGUUUCUUACCAUAGGCUGAUUGGUGUGUCUGGCCUGCUGCACAGCUGAUCAACUUCUAUUUCCUUUCACCCCAAUACCGGGUCCUUUAUGUGAACACAAUAACACUGGGUUGGGACACCUACCUGUCUUACCUCAAACACAGAGUAAGUUGGACUGUAGUCAGAGAGAUAUUGGGAUCAAUAGGGAAACGUAACCCCCUUUUGCCUGGCUACCCAAACUCCUUGCUCCGGGCCUCCGGCCAAACGGUACACCACGCCCACGGAAUACCCGGAAGUUAGUUUCUUCUCCGCAAUGAGUCUAGAUCUGAGUACCUCACAGACGAUUUCUAGAAUGGAAAUCCAUUCUAGACUGUCUGAUUGGUCCCAGAAACCAAUAGGUUGGACCAGAGCCAGAACACACGUGGUUAAAGCAGCGUUUCGAAAAUUAUUUUUUUGCUUUGAUACACUGAUUGGUUAGAGAUUAUCUAAUUGUUGAUGACUUUGUUUUGUACAACACCCCUCAUUUUGACGUCACCACAAACUAUUUCAAUGAUGGCAGUCUCAGAUUGAAGUAUGUAGCGAACGAUAGAGCAGCGGAAGAAUUCAGUUUGAAUCGUCAGGCAAAACCCCUUAACUUCUCUGUCAAAUACACUAACGCAUAAGGACAAUACACCGAUGGAAUUCUAGUAUGUUUUGCGUAUAUAUUUUAAUCCAUUCUAUUGGUCUGUUGACAGGAAGAUGAACACCCAGGAGAGCUCGUUCUUGACAGUGGUGUCACAAAGGCGACCCAGGAGGAUGUUGGGCCCAUCGCUCCAGCUAAACGGUUUGAGGAGUAGGUUUAGCCCUAGUACUGAACUCAAUACUGAACUCCAAAGAGUUGAAGAUCAAUGUUUCAUUCUUGGAACAGUUGUCUCUUGCGCACUGCAAGGUGUAUAAUUUCAUACGUGUAUAAUUAGUUAUGUGUAUUUCUAUGUGUGUAACUGUUAUGGUGUAAUUCUUUCCAGCCACAGUAACUAUUAUCAACUACUGUUAUCCUACUGUUUAAGAUACCAAUCUUGCCUAAAAAAUGAUUCACUACUGCCUAAUAUUUGUAUCAGUAUUUCAAAUAGACCAAUACAUUUAUCUAAAUUAUGAAAGAUAUAAAUUACUCCAGUAUUCAAUGUUUUACUGCAAGAUGAUUGUUCUAGUGACCUCAGUGGUUAGUCACAGUGAUGUAGAAGUUUUUCACAACAAUUUAAAACUUGAAGCAAUGAUGGUUAAAUACAGGCCCUAUUACUUUGAAAGGAUUUACAGAUUCAACAGUUAAAUGAAGAAUACUAUGUAUUUAUUUACAUAGUUGGUCAUUUAUGGCAAAUGUGUUGAAGAAUGGAAACGAUAGAUUAUGCACAGUCUGUCCAUAAUACAUAUCAAUCUAUGAUCUUGUAUUUGCAUAGGUGGAUGGGGAAAAGUCUGUUAAAUGCUGUGAUUAACAUUUGAAAAAUGAAUAAGGUGUAAUGUUUAUUUUUAAUUUUUAUACAUAAUUGAAAAUGUGUGUAGUUAUCUGACCUGAUUACUCUUACUUGUACUUUAAUAAUACAUUGCAACUCUGCUUCUGAUUUUUUUUAUUUUUAUGAAAGGGAUCAAAAGGGUAUAUAACAUGACGUUUUUGGUAGGAAAGGGUUUAUAGAUUCAUUAUUAUUAAAUAUUAUAGUGAGGAAUUCCUCCCACUGUUGAUUAAGAAUCCAGACAGACAAGGCUUAACUUCCUUAUCCACUAAACUUGUGUAUUUCAAAACGGAGGACCAGAGAAGCCUGUGAAAUCCUAUGCAAGUGGUUCCCCUAAUUACUCAAUAAUUAACUUUUUGGCCAUGUUCUACUAAUCUACAUACACUGUUGUGGGAAGAGCAGAAUCAAUGUAAUCAGGAGCUAGGUUUCCACAUUGUGUUAGGUUACAGCCUUAUUCUAA